AACACAGCGACGCCAUUGAUUGCCUUAGUAGCGUAACUUCUAUUCGAACGUCUUUUAUCUUCUAUAAUAAUUGCCGUCUUAAUAAUCGAGACAAUUCAUAAUUAAUCGUAAUAAUUGAUGAAUUACAAAGACAACUGAUUAUUACUGUAAUAAUGUGGGCCUGAAAGGACCAUGAAAGUCAGGAAUGAAGAGUGCAGAUGUUGUCUUGGGCUUAGAGCAUCAAUCAGUCAUUAAUUGUUUCCUUGAAAACGUUGUGCCCAGUGACCGUGUUCCGAUUGUUGUGAUGAAAGUGCCCCAGCAUCUAUGGAUACAAGUGGUGUGUGGAUUUAUAACAGGAAAUGGGAAGUUUGUUGACGCAAACAACUCCACAGACAUCAAGAUGGCGCCAAUCUUCUAACAUAUUUAAGCACUUUCCAUGCUUGAACAAGAGGUCAUUGGUUUCCGUUGUCGAGGUUUCAGAAAAGAAUGGGCCUCCUGCGACAAAUAUAAGUGCAAGUUCGUGUGAGUUAUUGAAUAAGUUCAUAAAAUAGUAGAUAUCAGAUUUGCGCAUUGGUGAAAGGAGGAAAGGGAGAAAAUCAAAUAAGAAAAAAAUGAGAGCGAUAGAAGCAAUGAGUAACAAUAAAAGAAAGUAGAAAAGUUAGUGACUGUACAUAAAAAACGACAUUGAAGGACUACAGGCUAAAAUGAGCAAUUUAGAAUAUCAGUUGAAAAGCAAGACCGAGGAUCCAGCAUCUCUGUCUCUCAUCAAAAUUGGAAAUGAAGGUUUAGUGGGGGGCAGUGAUGCCCCAGCCAGCUAUACCUCUGUCUCGUUGGAUACAAUGACAGAAAUCAAGAUGGAAUUCAAGACAGAAGUGGAGGAGUCUUAUGAGUCUGAUGACGACUUAGAGUUUCGCUGUGAGGAUUUUACGUCAGCCUUCGAAGCUGAAGGCGAUUCACUGCCUAUCAAAAAGGAAGUCGUUAAGAAGCCCUCUUUGACCCAUGUUGAGAUCCACACGGGAGAGAGGGCCUUUGUGUCCAAGGACUGUGGAAAGUCGUUCUCCAAAAAAUCAAGUCUCAGGAAACACAUGGCAAUCCACACGGGGGAGAGGGCUUUCACCUGCAAUGACUGUGGGAAGUCGUUCUCCUCUAAAUCAAAUCUCAAGGCCCACAUGUUGAUCCACACAGGGGAAAGGCCCUUUGUGUGCAAGGACUGUGGGAAGUCGUUCUCCCAUAGAUCGCAUCUGAAGACCCACAUGGUGAUUCACACAGGGGAGGGGAACUUUGUGUGCAAGGACUGUGGGAAGCCGUUCGCUCAUAAAUCAUAUCUCAAGAUCCACAUGGUGAUCCACACGGGAGAGAGGGCCUUCCCCUGCAAGGAUUGUGGGAGGUCAUUCUCUUAUAAAUCAAGUCUCAAUAGACACACGGCAAUCCAUAAGGGGGAGAGGGCCUUCAUGUGCAAGGAAUGUGGGAAAUCGUUUUCCCAAAAAUCAUAUCUCAAGAUCCACGUGGCGAUCCAUAGUAGGAAGAGGGCCAUUGCCUGCAAGGACUGUGGGAAGACAUUCUCCCAGAAAGCAAAACUCAAGACUCACUUGGCAAUACACAAGGGGGAGAGGCCCAUCAUAUGCAAGGACUGUGGAAAGUCAUUCUCUCAAGAAUCC